AAUGCUCCCGAGUGGAUGUCAUAAGAGGCGCAAGAAUGCUUUGCAAGGUGUGUUUUUUUUUUUUUUAAUUGUGAAAUGAAUGCCUCCCUUGAUGGCGAGCGUGAACGUUAUGAAGGACGGUCAAAGGCUGGGUCCAUUUGCUGUGCCCGGGGUCCUCAUUUGGGCUGAACCAAGAGCGAGUUUGUUUUGGUGGGGAGAAUGUUGUUUUAGGGCGUGUUACUAGCUGUAAUGUCACAUUAGACGUCCAUUUACAAUGGGGUCAAUGAAAAGCUUACUUGACUCAGAGGAAGCAAUGGGAGGAGAAGGAAUUUGCGCUCCUUUCCAAAAAUAAGUUUCCCCCCUUUUCCCGACGCGGUGUUACCAUGACUGAGAGGGAAGGAGGGGAGGAGGGUUGUCGAGCAUCGUGAAUGGAGGGAUUUAGGUAGAAAAGAAGGAAAAGGAUAAAGUGGAGGAGGAAAUAUGGUUGUGAUUAACAGGAAUAUAGUGUUCGAGUGGACCAUUCAGCGGUGCGGUCUACUCGGAGCGAGAGAGUGAGCUAGAGAGCGAGAAAGAGAGAGGGGAGGGGGCUAAUAGAGAAUGCAUGCGAAAGCUUGCUGCCAAAAAUGAGACGGGGAGUUUUUUCAGAGAGAAAAGAAAGUACAGCCCAGCGCCAGGAAGGGAAGAAGGAGUCGCUGAGAGCAGAAGGCGCAAAGAUGGCGGCAGCUUGGGUUAGAAUCAACGAGGUGUCUGAUAUCGAGGGGCUUAAAAGUGAAAGUUUUUCGCAGCCGCGUUUUGUCAGCUCAAGCCCAAAGGACAAGAUCUUUCUUUCCCGGAUGAACGAGCUCAACUGAGUGUUUUUUUUUUUUCUUUCUUCAAAACCUCACCUCCACCUGCAGGAAAACUCCUUCAGUGGUAUACUGGGAACUAUUCAGUCCUCUUCUCCUCCCCCCUGACUUCUCUGAUGGAUCAGAGAAUGAAGGGGGGCACCCCUCGAAUGACGGACUCCACGCUGGAUGCCUCCCCAGUAACUGAGGACUUUGAGCAGGACCAGGGGAAAAGAAAGCGUGUGGAGACAGAGGAUUUGGACGCGGGGAAGAAGGAGGACAGGCGAGGGAAGAAGAGGGAAGGGGACAAGGGGGCGGUGCUGGAGUUGCUCAUCGAGGGUCGUUGUGGGGGCGCGGGGCAGCAGCAGCUUCAGUUAUGUGGCAGAGAGACCAGCUGCCCUGACGGGAACGUGCGACUCCGCAUCGGCGUGCAAGCCAAGCGCACCAAGAAGCCGCCCAAGAUCUUGGAGAGCUACGUCUGCAAGCCCACCAUCAGAACCUAUCAGAGGCAGCAGGGUCGAGGGGGCGCCCUGCCCACCAGGACCGCAACCGAUGCGGACGACGCGAGCAGGGAAAACCGCUCGGGUUCAGAUGGCGUCCAGAUUGCGUGUAAACAAACGGCAUCUGCCGCUUUGCAAUCAUUAUCAACACCAUCAUCAUCAUCAUCAUCAGCAGCAGCCGCACAGUCUUUAACACCAGCAAAUGUGACUCUUUCCACCGUAGCCUCAGCCAUCGCGAACCCAGGGACCAAACAGGUUCCUCUCAAACUGGCGGGUAACACAGACGUGACUCCUGCCGCUUCGUUGGAGCGAGGGAAGAAAGAAAAGAGUCCAGGCAACCACGAGAAGCCGUUCCCCGGAGUGCUCAAACCUUGCUCGUCCGCCAACCACCAGGAAGCUUCAGCGACCCUCUCCAGGCCGUGCACCGAAACACUGCCCGGAAGGGAAAUCCUCAAGAAACACAACGGCGCGGUGCAGUCCAAGAAAGGACUUUUGAACGGGAGAUGCUCUGAAGAUAAACUGCGAGAUGCCCUAUCCAUCAAAACUGCAAAACACAGCAGCUCCGUUCCCGCUGCGGACGCCACACCUCCGGGUUCUUCUAAAACAGAGAUUUGCUUGGCGCAGAAGAAUAACUCCCCCUCGGUUACCGAUAAAUCAAAAUCCUCCCCCGCUCUGGAUGCGUCUCCUGCACAGUCCCAAGUUCAGGAAGCUUCGCUAAAGCGCUCCAAUGACAAAAAGAGAGCUAAAGAGCGGAAGGUAAAGAAAGACAAACGAAAAGAACGAAAGCCGAAGGGAGAUGGGCUGGAAGCGGCGAGAGUUAAGAGUGAUCAUCGAAAGGAGGAAAUCAAAAAGAAGAAAAAAGACAAAGGAAAGGACGGCAAAUUGCAACAGGCUAAAGACCACAAAAGCGGCGACGAAUCGAAGACCGGAGAAAAGCCUGAGAAAAGCAAGAUAAGCCCAGAGAAACACAGAAAAGAGGACACGUGCUCAGGCGCCGUGGGUAAAUUUGAUAACCCGUAUAAAGUGGCAGACCCAGGAAGAUCUGACGAGGGGAGCGUGAGAGAUCAUAUCAAGCAGGCUGAGCUACAAGCGGCGACUGCCGACAGCGCUCCCAAGUCAAAGGACAAUGACGUCGUCAGGUAUUCAACGGCGCCGCCAAAGCAUCCGCCGUCAUCUUCUGCCCCGCCCCCUCUGUCGCCGCCGCCUUCCUGCCAAGAGCAGGACAGCAGACCGCUGAAAAAACGUAAAGCCAGAAGGCCCAGCUGGACCAAACUGGUGCACCGGGCUCAGAGGGUGGAAAAUCACGAAACGGAUUCUCAACAGAGUGUCUCUCAGAGGUUGUCCGCUCACUCGACUCCCUCUUGCUCGCCGACAACAAAACCAUCAUCCCCGAAACAGAACCUCUCCAUAUCCGAUUCGAAAGAGCCCGUUUCCAAAACCCCCGCCACCCCAACCCGAAAACGAGGCCGACCCAAAUCCCACACCAUGAUCUUUGCCGAAUCCCCUCUCAGACUUUCCCCCGAGGAGGUCGCCUUUUUGGAGUUUGACGACAUCCAGAAAAGCCCCGUCCUGGACUCCAGCCCAAAGAAGCGCGGCCGUCCUCGCAAACAACAGCUUCAUAAAACAGACGUCCCAGAUAAGAACAGAGAUCCUUCUUCUCCUCCUCCCGAGAAGGGAAACAGGCAGCUAAAGAUCAGGAGGCUGAUUAACGAGAUGAAGAAAAGGAAGAAGAAGAGACUUCACAAGGUAAUGACGUCUGGCAACGGCGGAAAGGAAAGCGAGAGCGCGAAAGCUUUCGCGCAUUCUCCGAAAACAUACAAGCCGAUCGAAGCUCUGACGGUGCCCACGCUCUCCGACUUGUCCUCCUCCUUUGGGACCAAGCUGGGCCCUCAGAUCAACGUGAGCAAGAGAGGAACCAUCUAUAUGGGCAAGAGGAGAGGACGCAAGCCCAAAUCCCAAACGGCUCGUCUGAAUUCCCACACCUACGCUCCGUCGUCUUUGUUCAGCCAGCCCACUGAAACAUCUCUCUUCAUGUCCAACCAGCCCCAGCCUCCCGCCGCUCACCCGUUUCCCUCCCCGUCCCUCACACACUCCAGCGGGGCCCAGAGCCCUUACAGCGAGGGAAGUGUCACCGAACCGCCAUCCGCUCUGCUUUUUCCUCCCCCGUUCUCUCUCCCGUCACCGUCGUCCUCCUGCACUUCCCCCCGUCCCCCGUCCUGCUCCUCCUCCCUCUCCCCCUUUGUGAAGAAAAGUUGCCCGUGCCAGGGCAGGCAGCACUUCCCUUUUCACCAGUCUUCGUGUAAGCUCUCCUCUGCGGGCGCUCCGCUCCGUCCCACGCCCAGCCCCCCCGGCCACCUCAAAGACGCCACUCCGUCGCCCAGGAGUGAAUCGCACAGCGACGAGACGUUGCCCAGCGAUAGCGGGAUCGGAACGGAUAACAACAGCGUCUGCGAGCGAGCGGAAAUGAGGGGCGUUCGAGGCAUGCUCAGGUUGGGCCAAGGGUCUGCGGGCAUUCUCGGGGGCCCGAAGCGCUCCUCUCUCGCGGAGCCUCCGAUAGCCAGACACAAGAAUCCGAUGGGCAACUCCGCUUCCGUCGAGCGGCAGCGACAUCGGCACAGGCGGCGGGAUUACGGCUGCCCCUCUUCCUGUAAUUGCCUGUGUCCCUGCCCUGGACAUAACAAGUGCACUCAUUCGGCUUACUACCCUUUCAUUGGUCACAACGCACUGAAGAGACCGAAAAACAAACACAAAAAGAAACACCAACAGCUACUCAUGCAGGAUCCAGAGUUUCUGUCCGAACUGGAAGAGCUCAUCGGUCAAUUCAGCGAAGUCCACAUCGGUCGGCGAGGUUGGGCCAGGUCGGAUGUGGGCCAGGCGUUUGACGGCGGCAGGCGCCAUCACUCCUCGCAUUCUCAUCGCUCCAAUAUUUUCAGGAUCAAUCUGAACGGCUUCUAUUCUCCUCACCCUCCAUCUUACGCCGCGAACCCCUCCUUCUCCUCUCAGUCUUUCUACCCCUGCCAGACGCUGCAUUGUAAUAGGAAGCCGGAGCGCAGGCAGUGCGGAUGCCCGUCCAAGUUCCAGGAAACAAUUGACAACAUGGGCUUCUACAGUAACUACCCACCGGCCACAACACUUUACCACCAUCUCCCCGGCUCGUACCCGCUUCCCUCUCCUCACCAGUAUGCCUCGCAGCAGCCCCACCAUGCCCACAUCCUCCUUAACCCCGCCAGGUUCCAUAGGCAGAGGAGCAGGCUGCUGAGGGAGGGCGCUCUCGGAGGGGAGAUUGAAGGCAACGGAGGAGGCCUCAAUUUAGGCUACGCAUCGAGCCUCCCGUGCGACUGCGGUCACAAACAUAAACACAGACAAAGGCGGUGUGAACGUAACGCGGAAGGGGAGGCCGCGUUGGAGCAUGAGGAACAGGAGGACGCGGUGGCGAGAGAGGCCUUCUCCGCUUCAAAGUCAAGGUUCAUUUUGGGGCAAGGAGGAGGGCGGAAGGGCACGAGAGGAAUGGAGGGCGUGCUGUCCAAAGAGUCACCUUGGUUACGUGAGAAUGCAAAUAAUUCCUUCUCGACUGCCGCAUCGUCAUCGUUGACAGAGAGAUCAAAACACGGAUCGCUUUUCUCCUUGGGACUGGGCUCCUCCCACUUGUCGUCGUUCGGAGGGGGCUGGGGAGCCCUGGGCCAAAGUUGGGCCAAACUAAAGGGUGCGUCCUUCCCAAACACCAGCUGGGGGUCUUCCGCCGGACGCGUGGGUCCAAUGAUUCCCUCUGACCCGGAGGACAACGACAGGGAUGACAUUCACCGCCCCUACCCGAGCAGGACGCCUCCAUCCGCGACGCACACCAACCUGUUCACGUCGGUUGACGCGGCAACGGGGGGAGGACGUGGCCUGAGGAGCGGGCUGGCCGGUAGGAAUCUCGGAAGCGGAGACAGGUCGUGGAGGACGGACGAGUCGGCUUGGACUCAGAGGAGAGAAACAGCUUUACAAGGUGACCCAAGAAGCCGCGGGCAGCUGAAAGGUGUGCCAGAGACACGCAGCGCCGCAGGGAAAAACAAAAGAAGACCCGGCCGACCCCGAAAACGCCUUCUGCCCUCCACUUUGCCUCCCCCUGUGUUGUCGCCCGACCUCCUUCGAGAGUGCAUCCGUCAUGACGGCAAUGCCGGAGGAAGGAGAGCGCUGUCGGACUGUGAUGGAGCGGGCGUUAGCUCGGUGCAACGGGUGACGGAUUCGGAACCGCAGGCUAAGAGGAAGCGAGGACGGAAGAGAAAACAUGACGCUUCUCCCUGUCAUCAGAGUGUCGCAGAGGACGAGACGGGGUGCGGCGACGCGCCCGCCGAAUGUCUCGGCGAAUCGGCCGUCGAGCUGCCCGCAUCCCAACCAGCUGCUGUCCAAAGAGACAAGAGUGAAGACGGUCCUCCCAGGAAAACGUUUUUGAGAGCCGGUCUUUACUCUGAUGAUUACAAAACAACAGAUCCUCCUUCCCAAUCUCGACCCCUCUCCAGAGGGAGCGCCGACUUCAAAGCGGGCGAGUGGGAUUACAGCCUUUUACCAGCGCCCAUCCAUGUCGGGAAGUACUUGCGAAUGAAGAGGAUUCAUUUCCAGUUGCCCUAUGAUGUCAUGUGGCUUUGGCAGCACAACCAGCUUCAGAGGCAACCUUCCUUCCCUCUGAAGAGGAAGCGGCGCUACUGCCGACUGAAGGAGAGAACGUUUCCCUCUCGGCGCGCAGCGGAGGAGAGCUCGGGUGACUUGGCCAGCCUCUUUCCUCACCUCGACAUGGAGCCUUUGAGCAGCGACGAGCGGAGCUUCGUGGUGACACAUCGCGUGUUCCUGGUGAGGAACUGGGAGCUGGUGAGGGAGCGGCAAAUCCGACUGAGGAUGGAGGGGAGGCGAGAGGGGGACGGCCAGGCGGAGGAGGGGGACUGGCGUGACGUGUGCGCGGACGGAGCCAGUGGGGACGAUAGCUACAUCAAGUCAGAUGUACCAGUGGGGGUGGCGGAAGUGACGAUUUCCAGCAGUGACCCUCACCCGGGCUGCGACGACACCACCCGCUCGCUCAGCGCCAGCCCCCGUCCCACGGAGAGCCGGAACAGAGAAGAUGAUGAAGACGAGGAGGAGGAGGAGGAAGGGGAGGCUGAGGAAGACAAAGUGGGAGAAUGCAGCAGAGAGCAGAGGAGAAAGCGGCUGAACGAUUUACUUUUGACCCUGCAGCAUUCAUAAGCUAACACACGCAUUGAGGCAGGAGCACUCAAGAGGAAAAGGGACCAGGCACGCCCUCAAGACACGUGGACAGGUGCUGCAUUUGAAUGGGGAAAAACAACACCCGUCAACAGCACCGACGCCGGCGUGGAGCAGAGGAGAAUUUCAAAACGCGAGAAAGACAUCACGGCGUGCUCUGACAGCCACUGAACCGAGCGCUCUGAAGGGCAUCACAGCAAGGAUGAAACCAUGGCAACACAUCUUUUGUCCGGGACGAAAGAGAGG